AGAAAUAUCCAGAUGAAACCAGACGAAAAAGCACUUUAACAAUACUCCUAAACAACUGCUAGGACCACGGAACUCAGAAACACAGCAAGCGAUCAUAUUGGAAAUAUGGCCCAAAGUGACUUCCUUUACCCAGAGAACCCAAAAAGGCGGGAAGAAGUAAAUCGUCUUCACCAGCAGCUCCUUGAUUGCUUAUCUGACAGCUUCGAUGUCACCAAUAAGCUGACUGAGGUUCUAAAUAUGCACUUGGGGUGCAGGCUGGCCUCCAUUGAGAUGAAAAGAGAUGGGACCAUCAAAGAAAACUGUGACCUCAUCAUCCAAGCCAUUAUGAAAAUCCAAAAGGAAUUGCAGAAGGUUGAUGAAGCACUAAAAGAUAAGCUAGAGCCAACCCUCUAUAGAAAACUUCAGGAUAUUAAGGAAAAGGAAACAGACAAAAUUGCAAUAGUGCAAAAGGUUAUUUCGGUCAUCCUGGGAGAAGCUACAUCUGCAGCCAGUGCAGUCGCUGUUAAACUUGUGGGCUCAAAUGUCACAACUGGCAUAAUUAACAAGUUGGUCACUGUGUUAGCUCAAAUUGGUGCUUCUCUCCUUGGUAGUAUUGGAGUUGCUGUUCUUGGCCUUGGCAUAGAUAUGAUUGUCCGUGCCAUCCUGGGAGCAGUGGAAAAAACACAGCUUCAAGCAGCCAUCAGAAGUUAUGAGAAGCAUCUGGUGGAGUUCAAAUCAGCCUCAGAAAAAUAUAAUCAUGCCAUUACUGAGGUCAUCAAUACAGUGAAACACCAAAUGAAAUGAACAGCCAUUUUAUUUGCCACUGAAGUGUUUUUCUGCUUCCUUUUCAGUAACAGUGUUCGCUUCUUUGAUUAGGUUCAUUUUCUAUAGGCUUCCAAUAUGGACUUAAAUAAGAUAAACAAUUUGGAGAGGGAAAUUGGAGAUGCCAAGACUAGAUGACUAGAUGAGUUUUGAGUCAACAAUGCCUGGAUCAGCUGAUGCUAGACCCUGUGAGGUAAAAAAAUUUUCUCCCUGGAUGUUUUCACACCCUGCUCUACCAGAUCAACAUUGGGGUAAAUGCUAUCGUAGAGUAGCAAGUAUAGGGGUUACUUUUCUCUUUUCUAAUUUCAGUAAAAUUCUUAAAUUUCA